AUGGAGAAGUAUGAAAUAAUAAAGAGACUUGCUGUCGGGGCACAUGGAGCAGUUUACCUGAUUAAGCAGGUAUCCACAAAGAAGUAUUUUGCUCUGAAGAAAAUUGAGGUUGAUGAACGAAGGAAAACAAAAACAAAAGAAGCUGUGCUGAAGGAAGCCAGAAUCAUGUCACAGCUUCGUCAUCCAAACAUUGUCCUCUUCCAUGAGUCGUUUCUGGACCCAGCAGGAGAGUAUGUCUGUAUUGUUUUGGAUUAUUGUGAUGGUGGGAAUUUGGGAGAGAGGAUACAGGAUGCUUCUCAGACUGGCUUAUUGUUUUCAGAGAAACAAGUUAUGCAGUGGUUCAUCCAGAUUGUGAUGGCUGUCCAGUAUAUACAUUCCAAACAUAUUUUACACAGAGAUCUGAAAACAGAAAACGUACUGCUGAACAAGAGGAAUGUUAUUAAAUUAGGUGACUUUGGAAUCUCAAAGAUUCUCGACAACACAAUAGACGUUGCUAAGACUGUAGUAGGAACACCUUCGUAUCUCAGCCCUGAACUGUGCCAGGACAUUCCAUACAACUCUAAAUCAGACAUUUGGGCUGUGGGUUGCUUGUUGUAUGAAAUGUGUGCAUUGUGUCCUCCGUUCGAAGGACAGAGUCUUAUCGGAUUAUUUUUUAAUAUUGUCAAGGCUGAGUUCAGGCCGCUACCAGAGGAAACACCAACUGGCAUUAAAGAUCUAGUCAGCCAAAUUUUAGUGAAGACACCAGAAGUCAGACCAAG